AUGAACGAAAAAUUGGGGACGCUGCCUAUAUGUGUUGGUGGCCUGGGUUUGGGUUCCGCGGCUGAGCUGGCACCUUCUGCCUUUUUGGCUUCUGCUGCUGCCACGGUGGCCCUCCAGGAUCUGAUGUUGCCUAGGGAUGUGAUUUACGUCGAUAACUUCAGAUUGCAAGUAUACGACAUGUGGCGCGCCACCAACGGAGAUGUGGUUGCGCUCGAAAACCCCUCGCAAAAACACUGGAUCGCCCCCUGUCUUAAUAGAUCAGUUGAUCGAUGGCUGCAAUUGAAUGGCUCUGCUUUUGACAAGGCUAGAAUUAUGGCUGCUGGUAUCCCGGUUAUAAAAGAACCCAUGGGUUUGAUAGAGGAAGGAGCCUUUAGGCCUGAUGGUUACACUAUCACCCCAUGGGCCCAGGGACGGUCCCUUGCUUGGGACGUUACCAUACCCCACACUAUGGCUGACCGAUACAUCGGCUACACUUCAGUUGAGGCGGGCACUGCUGCCCUUAAAGCGUCCGAUUUCAAAAAUGAAAAAUACGUUUCAUUAAACAAUUUAAGCAAAAUAUUUCAACCCAUUUGCAUUGAAACGUUCGGACCAACAGAUAAGCACACGUCAUUAUUUAUUAACGAAUUAACAAGAAAAAUAGUUAAUAUAACGGGUGAUCCUAACGAAGGCAAUUAUUUAAAACAAACUCUUUCACUUUUAUUACAAAAAUUUAAUUCCUUCUGCAUUCUGGAUGGAGCUGCUAGAUACCUGACUUUGAUCGCGGCCAGCAUUUGGAUGGGUCAGAACAUUUCAUCAGCCCUGCCUAACUACGUGGAAUCAAGCACUAAGUAG